UGCACUAUGGGUCAGUUAUCAGUUCUAAAGACGUAUUUUCAUUUUCUAUGCUGUCUGCUGUGUGAUAGACAGUUGAUCGGUGCGUGUAUUAACCCUGCUAGAAUUCAUUGAGGCCAGCAGGUCAAAUAAACAACUAAAAUGAACGAGUCACUCGGAAAAUAGAAUUAUGACUCAAGUCAGUAAAAAGAGUCGUUCAAAAAAGAACGAAUCGUUCGCGAGCUGCACAUCACCACACAGUAGCCUAGCUACCUGUCAGUAACAUAUAGCACAUCAGAACAGCAGCAGGCACUCGUAUCACAACAACACGGUCGUUGGCAGAGGAAUGGGGGGUAGCUAGGUAGUUAGAUUUCCGAGAAUAAGGAAAAACUCACUACAAUCAAGAUGGUGUCGUGGAUUAUCUCCAGGAUGGUAGUCCUGGCCUUCGGGACCCUCUACCCGGCCUACUCCUCAUACAAGGCCGUCAAGACAAAGAAUGUGAAGGAAUAUGUGAAAUGGAUGAUGUACUGGAUAGUGUUUGCAUUAUUCACGACGGUGGAGACCCUCACAGACUUGUUCAUGUCCUGGUUUCCUUUCUACUUUGAGCUGAAGAUAGCCUUUGUGAUCUGGCUCCUGUCUCCAUACACUAAGGGCUCCAGUGUGCUCUACCGCAAGUUUGUCCACCCCACCCUGUCCAAUAAGGAGAAGGAGAUCGAUCAGUACAUCACCCAGGCUAAAGACCGUAGUUAUGAGACUAUGAUGAGGUUUGGAAAGAGAGGUCUGAACUUGGCUGCUACUGCUGCCGUCACCGCAGCUAGCAAGGGCCAGGGUGUGCUGUCGGACAAGCUGCGUAGUUUCAGCAUGCAGGACCUGACUCUGAUCAACGAUGGGGAGGAGAUGGGCCUGCACUCCUCUGACCCCCGCAUGAGGAGAGAUGCCUUGGAUGACAUGGCUACUGGAGCCAACACGCUGCCCCGCGCCAAGACCACACGCCAGACUCGUUCCUCAUCUGCGGCUCCUCAUCUCGACGAAUCAUCGCAACACAGCUCGGACCAAUCAGACACCAGGAGCAUCACCACAGAGCAUUCUGAUGAGGACAUUGUGGAGAAGGUCCCUGUGAAACGCACGCCCAGCGUCAAGGCAAACAAGAAACCCUCCACCGCCAAGACCGAGACUACGACUAAGACGGUGAAAAAGACACCAAAGAAGAAGACAACCACCACAGCUACAGCCAGCAACAACGCUGAGUCACCAUGAUAUCUGUAUCUACUGACCCCAUCUCCACCCUACUGCACACCACUACAGCCAUGUAACAGGCCCUCUCUGUCUCCAGUCCCCCCCCCCACACACACACACACACACACACACAGACCUCUGGAGUGUCACCCUCGCUGGUUAAGCGCAGCUCGCAGGUUUAGUUCUACUGUAGAUGGCCAGCAGGCUUAGUUCUACUGUAGAUGGCCAGCGGGUUUAGUUCUAUUGUAGAUGGCCAGCGGGUUUAGUUCUACUGUAGAUGGCCAGCGGGUUUAGUUCUACUGUAGAUGGCCAGCUUCAUGUCAACUCACAGGUUUAGUUCUACUGUAGAUGGCCAGCGGGUUUAGUUCUACUGUAGAUGGCCAGCGGGUUUAGUUCUACUGUAGAUGGCCAGCGGGUUUAGUUCUACUGUAGAUGGCCAGCUUCAUGUCAACUCACAGGUUUAGUUCUACUGUAGAUGGCCAGCUUCAUGUCAACUCACAGGUUUAGUUCUACUGUAGAUGGCCAGCUUCAUGUCAACUCACAGGUUUAGUUCUACUGUAGAUGGCCAGCGGGUUUAGUUCUACUGUAGAUGGCCAGCGGGUUUAGUUCUACUGUAGAUGGCCAGAUUCAUGUCAACAACACUUGUUUUAUUUAGCCUGCUGCUUACAUUCUAGGUUUUAUAGUCAUUAACCUCAGUGUGUGUGUGUUUCAGUGAUGGCCUGUUAUCUGGACUGAAAAAUAGUUGCUUCCUUCCUCCUGUACAGUUAAUAACCCUCUGUGUUGGGGCCCUCCCAGGCCAUCCAAGGCCCCCACUGGAUUGACUUGACAUAAUCCUCUUGGCCCCCUUGGGAGCAUAGGGCAUCUACCAUGGCUCUCCAUCUCCCUCACUAUGCUAGAGCAUCCAUCACGGCUCUCCACCUCCCUCACUAUGCUAGGGCAUCCAUCACGGCUCUCCACCUCCCCCACUAUGCUAGGGCAUCCAUCACGGCUCUCCACCUCCCUCACUAUGCUAGGGCAUCCAUCACGGCUCUCCAUCUCCCUCACUAUGCUAGGGCUUUGCUGCUUAGCAGGAGAUCCCCACUAGUUUACUGGAGAUGCAUUCUGUAUGGACUUACAUUCCAGUCAGAGUAUGGUAACUCUAUUGGAGGAUAGCUGGGGGCUGCCAUGAAUGGAAAGGUAGACUAAUGGACUAGGCAUGUGUGAAGGAGAGAUAAGGGAGGGAAGAGAGUAGAGAGGGAUGGGCGCCAAAGGAUCAGUGUUGUUGUCCUGGCCUAACUGGCCUCUACUCAACAUGUCCUUACUACAGAGACUACAGUCUCACCAUUGGUUGUAGCAGUAGUCCACAGCGCAGGUCUCUGUCCUUUUUGGGCAGUCUGUCUGACUACAUAGACGGGGUCGUGUGAUCUCUAGAAGGCAGAGGACAUUCUGGGAGUACUUGUCUCUAACAGUGUUAAACCGAUGCCAUGGUUACCCAUAUCAUUCACUCUACUGUAAUGGAGCAGUAGACUGAUGAACACUUGGUCACGCGCCCACAGAGAGAUGAAGAGAUCUGUUUGUUCUUUCUCUCCUCUCCUCCCUCUGUUCUCUCUCUUUCUCUCCUCUCCCUCUGGACAGCUCUACCCUCACUCCGUUCAGCUCAGAACGGUCCCAGGGAAAGACACACAGCUUCAGGCAUCAUUACCUUUUCUGUUUGACUGUGUGUGUGUACGAUGUGCAUGUGUGUGUUUUUGGAACAUGACCAAGCUUCUGUUUUUCCCCUCUGUUUUCCCAACUGCAUAGAGACACAAUGACAGAGGUCUCUGACCACUUAUAACAUAACCAUCCACAAGGUCUUGCACUGCAGCUCAUAGCAUAGCUAAACAGUACAGACAACCAACAGUUAAUUUCACUUUGUCACACUUGUGCUUAGGGUUAUUUUUGUUUACUCUAAAUUGACUGGCUUAUAGGAUGUAAGAGUGGCUUCGUGGUCACCAAGCUAAUGUUAAUGCUCUGUUGAUACCAGGCUACAUUAUGGAUCACCACUAUGGAUCCCUGUCUUGUUUCAAUGUGUUUAUAUUAUCAGAGCUGGCUGUGUCAGGGUGGUGUAGUGCCCUAUUAGGAAGACCUUCAGGUGAACCUGGCUUAGCUAAGUCUGGGUCUUACCUGGGUCAGGUCAUCCCAGUCUGACUAGGCACAUUUCUGAGGGAUCUACUACUAUUGUAUAAUGUAUGACUGUCAAACUAGGGAUUGUGUAAUGUAUGACUGUCACUUCACAGUAUUUUGUCCAGUGUUUUCACUUCUAUUCCUGAAUGGGUUAGCUAUCCAUGACUGACCUCUACUUCUGGGACAGUGUCCACAAAGCACCUUGGGGUAGGAGUGCUGAUCUGGGAUCAGGAACCCACCUUUCCAUAUGAUCUUAUCAAUUAUGGUCUGAAAGGCCAAACUGAUCUGAGAUCAGCCCUUGACUCUGAGACGCUCUAUGUAUACAUGCCCAGAUCUGUGUUAUUCUAGGGUCUGGAUCAUAUCAUUGUUUCUCUGAACCAUAAGGAGAGCAGCUCUGCUAGCAUAUCCUCUUAAUGUGUCAUCUCUGACUGUAGCCUCCUCAAACAUGGUGAAAACUGUCUUACCCUAUUAGAUAGGAUGCUGUGGACAAGUUAUUACAUCUUAGUUGGAUAAGUAAUGCUGUCUCCCAAUAGGGCCUAAAACUGUUGAAGGGAUGUGCUCUGCUAGUGUUUUACUUCAGAAAGACAGACAUUCAUCCAUCCAUAGCAUACUGGUUGGGCAGGCAGGGUACUUAGACUCUGUCAAGGCACCUAAUCAUUGCCCCUUAGAAACUAUUGCCUUGUCAGAAAUCUACCUUCAGACACUUCUUGUCAAUCUCCCUAGGUACUGCUGGUACUCCGGUAGGUUGCAAAGGAUUGCAUGGAUUUAGCUAAAAACGUUGUGAUAAGAACUCCACCUAGCUUCCUUGUAGGGUACGUUGAGUUUCCACCAUGUGCUUCUCUCAAAUCUAGUGUGUGUCUUGGGUUGGAACCUAAGGGGUUGAUUGUGGAUUGGGUGUGUGCUAAGGGGUUGUUUUUUAUGUGACAUGCCCUUGCUUUCGGCAGGGUUUAUUUUGGAGUGCUCUGUAAUUGAAUGCAUGAGACUACUGCAUUUUUGUGUUGUCGUUGUCUGAAUUGUGACACUGAUUUGAACCAGUAGGGGGGGACAUAACCCACACAACCGUUUUAAAACUACUGAAGUGACUGCAAGGGGUACUUCCAUGUACACACUGUAUGAACAUAGUCAUUCUCUGGCUGUAUGAGUUUGCUUGCCUUAUCACUCUGUUCUAGAAUACAGGUUUGUUUUUUCCCGCUUUUUAAAACUAGAUUUAUUUUUUUCUUUCUUUGGAAUUUAAUCUGAAAUCUUAUUAGACAUCAUAUUGCAUUUCCUUAAGAGGCACCUCAGCCCCUCUGUAAGGCCUUAUGCUGUGAAGAGUGCUACUUGUGUUUUUAAUCUCUUCUGAAUUUCUCCUAUCUCAACGAGAGGCAUUUUAAUUGGUCAGUGAUAGCUAAAUAACAAUAACACUUCCUUGUCCCAGUCCUGCAGGACAUUGCUCAGUAGAGAAGGGGAAUUCCUCUGACAUUGUGUUUGGUAACUACCUAACUGAAGUGAUGUUGUCCCAACCUGUCUGUUCUUCCCUUACUAUCAGGCUGGUUACCUUCUCCACAGCAACAUGGCCGUUCCUUUUUUCUAUUCUGUUUUGCUACAGUUUGCACUGAAGAAAAGAUGGCACACACUGUAAACACAUUCUUGCUGUCAUGGCAACACUACUUGACAUUAUUUUAACCAGUGUUCAUAUUAUUUUGUAAUAUUUGUUUAUUUAUUGCUGUGUGUUUGGUAUCAGUGUUAUUGUGUACAGGAACUCUCAUUGUGAGAGAAUAUUCUACAUUAAUAUAUUUUGUGCCAAUUAUCAAUACUCCACUGUUAUAAAGGACAUGAUGUUUCUGUGCUGAGAUAAUGGUAUUUAACAUGGACUCAAUGACAGUCAUAUACCAAUAACAACACUACUAAUAAAGAAAAUAAAUCUUUA